GAGGGGUGACUGCUUCAAGGAGAACGUGAAGAGGGCUCCGGUUGGGGCUCCGGUGGAGCAGGUGGAGCGCGAGUCCAGGCCCAUAGGCGAGCUCACCUGCCAGUCCCACUGAGGGGCAGGGUGUGGGGCCGGGCUGGGCAGAGGUGGACCGGAAGAGGGAACCAGGGGGGUGGAAGGCUGGGCCAGGCCAGAGGCUGUUGUAGCUUGAACCAGUCAACCCAGACCUGUCUGGGGCCCACCGGAGCCAGGUUGGGCUUGGGGUGGAGAGGAAGCAAGCCCAUGGCGGGGAAGAUGCGGCCUGUGCUGUGGAUUCUCUGUGCAGUCUGGGUGACUGUCAAUGCCAUCUCUGUGCAAACCCCAACGGAUGUUCUUCGGGCUGCCCGGGGCAAGAGCGUUACCCUGCCAUGCGCCUACCUCACCACUGCCACCGAGCGACAGGGACUUAUACAGUGGGACAAGCUUCUAAUGACUCAUACGGAAAGGGUGCUUGUCUGGAUAUUUUCUUCCAAAAGCACCGUCUACGGUGAGCUUUAUGAGAACCGUGUCAACAUAUCAAGCAAAGUCGACCAGUCAGAUGCCUCCAUCACCAUUAGUCAGCUGACCAUGGAUGACAACGGCACCUACGAGUGCUCAGUCUCUCUGGUGUCAGACCUGACCGGCACCUCCAAGUCCCGUGUCCGCCUCUUGGUCCUCGUGCCACCCUCCAAGCCAGACUGCGGCAUCCAGGGAGAGACGGUGAUUGGCAAUGACAUCCAGCUGACCUGCCAAUCAAAGGAGGGCUCCCCGGCCCCUCAGUACAGCUGGAGGAGCUACGACCAGACGAACAAGGAGCGGACAGGCCCGGCAGUCACAGGACAGACCUUUUCUCUGAAGAACAUCUCCACAGACAUGUCCGGUUACUACAUCUGCACCUCCAGCAACGAGAUGGGGUCGCAGUCCUGCAACAUCACCGUGGCGGUCAGACCUCCCUCCAUGAACGUGGCGCUGUACGCGGGCGUGGCGGCGGGCGUGGCGGCGGCCCUCAUCUUCCUCGGCGUGCUGGUCUACUGCUGCUGCUGCCGGGGGAAGAGCGAGGAGCCCGACGCCGAGGACGCCAGGCCGAAGCGCGAGGCCUACCAGCAGCCGGCGCAGCAGAUGAGAGAGCUUUCCAGAGGGCAGGACGAGGAGGACGGCUCCAGGCACGAAGACCAGAGGAGCGAUGGGCACGAGUACCCUGACCACACUGGCCAGUGACCGGGGCCUGCUGCAGGCGGGCGUGGGGGUGGGAGGGCUGGGGUUCACUCCGCUGGCCCCCUUCCUCCCCUCUCCUCUCCGAGCCGCAUUUUCUUACCCUCAUCCCCGUCACUGAUGGGAUCCUUCCUCCCCUGCGUCGGCUGCUGGAGCACUUGGCUCGGCCUGGUGGCCAAGGGGAUCUCACUGGUGACUGACCCUGCCAACUGCCCUCACCUGCGGAGUGACCCCUCCCCACUGCCACGCCUCGCUGGGGGCCCAGCCCUCAGCCUGGACCGGCGGCAGCCUCCACCUUCCCCAGUGCCUGGCAGGAGCUCCCUGCAGCUCAGGACUGAGCAUGGGGCACUCCUGCGGCGGAUGCUCAGCGGGCAGUGCAGCCUCGGAGGGCGGGCCGCCUGCUCACCCCUGUGCCCCGCACCUUGGGGAGCGCCCGGCACGCAUAACGUUUUUGUUGAAUGAAUGAAAGAAUAAAUGAGUACCUGAAGGACUCCCUAUUAUUAUCCAACUUAAGUGUGAGCUCCUUGCUUCGGGACCCAUGUGGGCCUGGCCUCAAGCUCCCCUUCCAGCCUCAUCUCCCACCACUUCCCUGUAUGUUGCGGACUCCCCCAGCGAAGGCCGCCUCCAGCUGCGCUGCACAUUCCCUCCUGGGGCUUUUGCUUCCUCUGUCUGGCUGGGAAUGCCCAUGCAGCCUCCGUCUCUGCCUGUCAGCAUCCCACCUGUGCCUCCAGCCCCUCUCAACUCCUAGUGAACUCUGUAACCAACCCUGAUCUCCCACACACACAGGAACAAGCUCGUCACUUUGUGCCGCACCCAUCGUGGGUCACAUGGCACAGUUACCCAGCGUGUGUCUCUUCCCGUGUUAGAGUCUGAGCUCCUCGGGGCAGGGCCUGGGCCUCCUCCCCCUGCUUUCCCCCUGCUGUCCCCAGAGCCCUGGCGGCCGUAGCCCUCCUAGCCGGUGCUUAAUCCACCUUAAUUUGGGGAACCGCUUUGAUAGGUUGGGCCAUCCCUGCUCUGGUCUCCCUGAUAUGGUGGUAGACACAAGGAUGACCCCACCCAACCCAUCGGCUAGUUUAGUGAGUUAAGGAUGAGUUGAUUUAAGUGAACACACACACGUGUGCACACACGCAGAGCUUGCUGGCAGCUCGUCCAGGAAGCUCACGUCAUGGUGGUUCCUCUCCAGGCCAGGAUAACUGACAUGCCCCUGGGGUCCUGAUACCUAGCCACCGCCCUGCCUAGCCUGUCCUGGCUGGGCUGCUGGCUCUGCUUUGCUGUCACGUGCUGCCUCUGCCCUGUUGGCGGAUCAUUUCUUUCAUGCUUGACACUCAGGCAGUGUCAUGGAAGCUUAGGUCUCAUGGCCCAGUGCCUGUCUCACCCAAAAGCAGUUUAUUAAAUAAACAUCGUUGUCUUUUCUGGAUGAUCAGAAAAGCAAUUCUAUAAAUCUA